AUGGCAGGACAAAGAGGCGCCUGCACCAUGAGUGACGACGAAGUGGUAGAGAGGAGCUUGGAAGGCCCCUCAGCACUCACUACGGACAAGCCCUCCCCGAAAAGGGGGGACUUGGUGGAAAUAUUAAAUGGGGAGAAGGUAAAAUUUGAUGACUCGAGACUUUCCUUAAUUCUUCAGAACGGCCUGGAGACCCUCCGAGAGGAAAACGCUCUGACAGAUGUCAUCUUGUGUGUGGACUUUCAGGAAUUUUCUUGCCAUCGUGUGGUGCUUGCUGCAGCCAGCAACUAUUUCAGGGCCAUGUUCUGCAACGACUUAAAGGAGAAGUAUGAGAAGAGGAUCAUUAUUAAAGGGGUGGAUGCGGAGACCAUGCACACUCUCCUGAACUACACAUACACAAGCAAGGCUCUGAUCACCAAGCACAAUGUUCAGCGGGUUCUGGAGGCCGCCAAUCUUUUCCAGUUUCUGCAGCUGGUGGAUGCCUGUGCCAGCUUCCUCACAGAAGCCUUGAACCCAGAAAAUUGUAUUGGAAUACUGAGGCUGGCAGACACACACUCCUUGGACAGUUUAAAGAUGCAAGUUCAAAGUUACAUCAUUCAAAACUUCGUUCAGAUUCUGAACUCCGAGGAGUUCCUUGAUCUUCCGGUGGAUACCUUGUAUCACAUCUUGAAGAGUGACGAUCUUUGUGUGACGGAGGAGGCUCAGGUGUUUGAGACAGUGAUGAGCUGGGUCCGGCACAAACAAUCAGAACGACUCUGCCUACUCCCCUGUGUUCUUGAGAACGUGCGCUUACCACUUCUGGACCCGUGGUACUUUGUGGAGAUGGUUGAAGCAGAUCCUCUCAUAAGGCAGUGUCCCGAGGUCUUCCCCCUGCUUCAGGAAGCCAGGAUGUACCACCUUUCCGGCAACGAGAUUAUUUCAGAGCGCACCAAGCCCAGGAUGCAUGAGUUCCAGUCUGAGGUGUUCAUGAUUAUUGGCGGUUGCACAAAAGAUGAACGAUUUGUGGCCGAGGUAACCUGCCUGGACCCCCUGAGGCGCAGUCGCCUGGAGGUGGCCAAGCUCCCGCUGACAGAGCAUGAGCUGGAGAGUGAGAAUAAGAAGUGGGUAGAGUUUGCCUGUGUGACAUUAAAAAAUGAGGUCUACAUCUCAGGUGGCAAAGAAACACAGCAUGAUGUUUGGAAAUAUAAUUCUUCAAUCAACAAGUGGAUUCAGAUUGAAUAUUUAAACAUAGGCCGCUGGAGGCAUAAGAUGGUCGUAUUGGGUGGCAAAGUCUAUGUCAUUGGGGGUUUUGAUGGCUUACAGAGGAUCAACAAUGUGGAGACUUAUGAUCCCUUCCACAACUGCUGGUCAGAGGCUGCACCCCUCCUUGUCCAUGUCAGUUCCUUUGCCGCUGCUAGCCACAAGAAGAAGCUGUAUGUCAUUGGAGGAGGACCCAAUGGGAAGCUGGCCACAGAUAAGACUCAGUGUUAUGAUCCUUCGACCAAUAAAUGGAUUUUGAAGUCGGCCAUGCCAGUAGAGGCUAAAUGCAUCAAUGCAGUGAGCUUCCAGGAUCACAUCUAUGUUGUCGGUGGCGCCAUGAGAGCGCUCUAUUCCUACAGCCCUCUGGAAGAUAGCUGGUGUCUGGUGACACAGUUCAGUCACGAGCGAGCCAGCUGUGGCAUUGCGCCCUGCAACAACAGGCUGUACAUCACCGGAGGGAGGGAUGAGAAGAAUGAGGUCAUUGCCACUGUGCUCUGCUGGGACCCCGAGGCUCAGAAGCUGACAGAGGAAUGUGUCCUGCCGCGAGGAGUGUCCCACCACGGCAGUGUCACCAUCAGGAAGUCAUAUACUCACAUCCGGCGGGUUGUGCCUGGGGCAGUGUCCGUGUGACUGUGAAGGGACUCAAGAAGGUGCCCCUGGAGUCUCUGAGCCCUGAUUCCGCACCCCAGCUUACUCAGGUCCCUUGCGAGCCUUAGGCUUGCCUUGACUUUAACGCUUAUCAUGGGGCAGCUUAUGAGACCAGCCGGGAAUGCUUGUGUGACCUACCUCAAGAUGCAGGGUAAUGUUUAACAUUCCAUACAUGCCUACGUACCCUGGCCUGUGCCAGGCUCUUAUCCAUGAUAAUUCGCUUAACUUUGGUAAUGACCUGCUGCCGGAUAGUAUUACGCCUGUCUUAGAGGUGAAGAAAAGGCAUUUCAGACAGGCCAACCUUCCCCAGGCCACUCAGAGAGCAAGCCACCAGUCUACUGUUUCUCUUCUGUGCUGGAAUUAACACAGGUCUUCCCGGAUCAGUGUCUCUUUCACCACACUUAACUCAGAUAGGAAAAUCGAAAGUUAACCUCAAACUUGGCUGGUGUCUCUUUCCAGCAACUUUGCUGAAUACUAGGAAAUAAAGGUUUUUUUUUUUUUUUUUUUUUUUUUUUUUUGUAAAUAUGAGACUACUAGUCUUGGAGCUUUUUGGGCCACAUGUCAAGAACAUCUUCUAUGAUCUUCCCCUGGACUAGUCUGGGAUGGCCCAGUUGUUUUGAAAAAGGUGAAAGACAGGUCCUGUUUUCCCCACAUCGUGGCCAUUGUUUUUGAUUACAGGAUGCGCCAUUUUGGACUAGAACUACCACUGCCGCUUAGUGGCUGGGGGCGGCUCAGUGGAUUAGCACUUGCUGUGCAAGCCUGAAGACCAGCGUUAGGAGCCCUAGAGCCCACACAAAAGCUGAGCAGGCAUGAGCUGCCUGCAAUCCCAGCGUUUGGAAAGCAGAGACAGGGGUUCCGCAGGGCAAGCUGGGCCGUCCAGUCAGUCAGAGUUGGUGACUCCAGUUCAUCCAGAGACCCCGUAUCCAUAAACAAAAUUGAAGAGUGGUUGCCUGGAAGAGGUCUCAGCAGUGAAAAGUGGAGCAUUACUGAGGAAAUCAUUUGACAUCUACUUUGGGUCUUCACACUUGUGAACA